AUGGUCGUAGAUGCGACGGCUAGUUGCGCGCGUGACGGUGGCGAGCAGCGGCGCGACAGUGGCGAGCGGUGGCGAGCGGUAGAGAGUGGCGGGCGAGGCGGGAGCGUGCAGCGUCAUGCUAUAGGCCCCUGUCCUUCUUUCCCUUUCCCCCACUCCUUCUAUCCCUUCCCCCCUGUCCUUCCCUCCUUUCCCCUAUCCCAACCCACAGCUCCCCCCUGCUCUCAUCUGUCCCCUUGCCCACAUUCGUCCCUUUUCCCCCACUACCGUCGCUGCUUUUCCUGCUCAUUUCCCCCUUCCCUGAACCCUUCCUUUUCCUCUCUCACAUCCCUUCCCGCUUUCUCCUUCCCCCUGUCCUAUCCCAUUCCUUUCCUAGUUCAAGCUCCCACCAUUCACCCCUCUCCCGGCCAUCCCUUUCCCCCCUCUCCUGUCCCUCCCCAUUCCCCUCAUCCGACCCUUCCCUUUCCACUAUGA